GUCAUGUUUGUCUUCUUUUUAGGUCACUAAUAGGAGGGAUCAACAAAGCUGUUUUUAAUAUUAUUAUUAAUAUAUUUGAAAAGUGUCUGGAUGAUGAUCAUGAUGGAAUUAUGUCACAGGAGACCUCACUACAAAUGAUCUUUGAUGUCCAGUAUGUGGCAUUUACUAUCACACCAUCUGGCUGGAAGGAAGAUUGGCACGAUGUUUACAUUAAGUAUGAUAAUAUUAUUAGUAAACUAAAAGAUAUCAUCGACCCUUUUGAUUAUGAUGUGUACCUUCCUCACUUUAACAAAUUAUUAGAGAGGCAAUGUCAAAGGACAUCAGUGUUACUUGGUAUGUUAAGAAUGUACAAUGGACAACUGUUGUCAUCUGUUAAGUACAGCAGUUCAAGCAUUGGAAGUGUAGGAGGAGCAGCGUACGAUGAGAAGCACGUAGUCCUUCCGUUGUCAUCGUCUCUACCUCGUCUAUCACUGCUACCAGCUAGUACCAGCUGGUCAGGAACAACUUCUGUGCUAUUACAACCGUUUGCUAAAGGCAGCAAUAUAUCAAGUUAUACUAAUGUUAUUAAUUUUCUACAACAUUAUUAACUUAUAACACAUACACUAAAGUGUCCUUUUAAUCAAUAAUAAUACACUUUUACUGUGAGAGUAAUGGCUGCUAA